ACGCAAACAUCGCCCCUGUUGGAGAAAAGAUUUUCAACUAAUUAAAAUUCAAACAAAUGGAGUGAAAAUGAAAUAAAGAAUAAUAUUAAAAUCAACUGAAUGAGUUAAUUACAAGAAAUAAAAGGUCACAAGGUAUCUUCCAAACAAAAACAAGAACAAAUAAUCAAAUUAAAAAUAUUAUUUUACAAAAUUAAAUGACUAGAAAAAUUCUGCAAGAAAAACCAAAAAUGAAUAAAUCAAAUUAAUAAACUUAAAAUAAAAAAUAAAAUAAAUUUUGUAUAAAAACAAAGAAAUCUAAAUAAUAAAUAUUAAAAUAAGAGAACCAGAAAUUUAUAAUAAAUUUUUUUUUAAAGAAUACAAGUAAAUUUAAAAUAAUAUGGAAGAAAAUAUAAAAAAAUAAAUUAACAUAAAAUUAUUAUUUUAGAAUAAAUAAUAAACUGGGACAGCAACAACAACAACAGCAAAAAAGUAAAGCAUAUAAAGGAUCCGAGCAUUUUAAAUAUUGACUUCACAAUUUCAAUUAAAACUUUCUAGGUAAUUCAUGGAAAAAAUGUAGAAAAUGUAGAAAUUUCAAAUUCAAUAUGAAAAAUUUUUUGUCUAUUUAAAAUUCUUUCUAUAUAUGUAAUAAAAAUAUGUAUAAAAAAAAUGUUCAACUAUUUCAACUUACAAUUAUAAUUAAUUAACUAGACUAACGGAUUAUUACAAAAAUAGAGCAGGUGGACGAUAAGAAAAAACGAAGUUUUGCAUUAUAAAAACUAGAACAAGAAAAAACGAAAACUUUUUUUUGUAUUUAAUUAAAUUUUUGGAUAAAAAAAACUCGAAAUAAAGAAAAUUAUUUAUGAAAAGAAAAUUAUUCAAAAACAAAUUGCAAACACAGAUGAUUUUAUUCACCACAGUGGAGAAAUAUUGAAAAAAAAAAAAGAAAAAACGAGAAAUACAACGUAACUAUGGCGUCCAUAAAAAGUACGAAUAUUAUUCAAAUUCUUUUUUGUUUCCUCAUCAAUUUUAAUGUUGGAAGUCUACAAAAAACCUCAAAUAUGGAAAAAUCAACAUUAUAUAAUAUUGGUGGUGUAUUAAGUAGUAAAGAUAGUGAAGCAUAUUUUUCGGAUGUAAUUUCGACAUUAAAUUUUGAUCAACAGUACGUGCCGAGAGGAACAACGUAUUAUAAUAAAACAAUUCAAAUGGAUAGAAAUCCAAUUAAGACGGCAUUAAAUGUUUGUAAGCAUCUGAUUUCAAGGAGGGUUUAUGCAGUUGUUGUAUCACAUGAAGAAACCGGAGAUCUUUCACCUGCUGCUGUUAGUUAUACAAGUGGAUUUUAUCAAAUUCCAGUAAUAGGAAUUUCAUCAAGAGAUGCUGCCUUUUCAGAUAAAAAUAUUCAUGUAUCCUUCCUUCGUACAGUACCACCAUAUUAUCAUCAAGCGGAUGUUUGGCUUGAUAUGUUAAGUCAUUUCGGAUAUACUAAAGUAAUCAUCAUUCACAGUUCUGACACAGAUGGCAGAGCAAUUUUAGGUAGAUUUCAGACAGCUUCACAAACAAACUAUGAUGAUAUCGAAGUGCGUGCCACAGUCGAUUUAAUAGUUGAAUUUGAACCAAAAUUGGAAACUUUUACAGAACAUUUAUUUGAAAUGAAACAAUCACAAUCAAGAGUAUAUUUAAUGUAUGCAAGUAAGGAAGAUGCAUAUGUGAUAUUCCGUGAUGCCGCCCAGAUGAAUAUGACAGAAGCCGGUCACGUAUGGAUAGUUACAGAGCAAGCACUUAAAGCUAAUAAUACACCAGAAGGAAUUCUUGGUUUACAAUUGCAGUAUACAAAUGAAAAAAGUCAUAUUAAGGAUAGCAUAUACGUUUUAGCUUCUGCUAUUAGAGAUAUGUCAGCUGUUGAAACGAUUACUGAGGCACCUAAAGAUUGUGAUGAUUCCGGUGUCAAUUGGGAGUCAGGGCGAAAGCUUUUUCAUUAUUUGAAAAUGAUAAAUGUAACCGGAGAAACUGGACAAGUGGGAUUUGAUGAUAAUGGUGAUAGAAUUUUUGCUGAAUAUGAUGUUGUUAAUGUAAGAGAUCAUCAUAAACAUAAAAUUGUAGGAUCUUUAUAUUAUGAUUCGUCGAAACAGAAAAUGCGUCUAAAAAUUAAUGAAAGUGAAAUUUUAUGGCCUGGAAAAGAAAGAAAGAAACCUGAAGGUAUUAUAAUUCCAACACAUUUAAAGGUGCUAACAAUUGAAGAGAAACCAUUCGUUUAUGUUCGACGUUUAAUAUUUGAGGAGGAAAGAUGUGAUGAAGAUGAAAUACCAUGUCCUUUAUUUAAUACAACAGAUAGAGCAGUUUCUGAAUUUUGUUGUAAAGGAUAUUGUAUACAUUUACUAAGAGCAUUAGCACAUCGUAUUAAUUUUACCUAUGAAUUAGGUUUAUCACCAGAUGGUCAAUUUGGUCAUUAUGUAUUAAAAAAUCAAACUGGUACGAUGACAGUUAAAAAAGAAUGGUCCGGUCUUAUUGGUGAAUUAGUAAAUGAACGUGCUGAUAUGAUUGUUGCACCAUUAACAAUUAAUCCAGAACGUGCUGAAUUUAUUGAAUUUUCAAAACCAUUUAAAUAUCAGGGCAUCACAAUAUUAGAAAAGAAACCAUCAAGAUCAAGUACAUUGGUAUCAUUCUUACAACCAUUUAGUAAUACACUUUGGAUAUUAGUUAUGGUAUCAGUACAUGUUGUUGCAUUAGUGCUUUAUUUAUUAGAUAGAUUUUCACCUUUUGGUAGAUUUAAAGUAGCCAGCAAUGAUAAUACUGAAGAAGAUGCUCUUAAUUUAAGUUCAGCAAUAUGGUUUGCAUGGGGUGUUCUAUUAAAUAGUGGUAUAGGUGAAGGUACACCAAGAAGUUUUUCAGCUCGUGUACUUGGUAUGGUAUGGGCUGGUUUUGCUAUGAUUAUAGUUGCUUCAUACACUGCCAAUUUGGCUGCGUUCCUCGUCUUAGAACGUCCAAAAACAAAAUUAAGUGGAAUUAAUGAUGCACGUUUACGUAAUACAAUGGAAAAUUUAACAUGUGCAACUGUUAAAGGUUCAGCUGUAGAUAUGUAUUUUAGACGUCAAGUAGAAUUAUCAAAUAUGUAUAGAACAAUGGAAGCAAAUAAUUAUGCAACAGCUGAAGAAGCAAUACAAGAUGUUAAAAAUGGGAAAUUAUUAGCAUUUAUUUGGGACUCAUCCCGAUUAGAAUAUGAGGCAGCAAAAGAUUGUGAAUUAGUUACAGCUGGUGAACUAUUUGGUAGAAGUGGUUAUGGUAUUGGUUUACAAAAAGGUUCACCAUGGUCAGAUGCUGUUACAUUAGCAAUAUUAGAUUUUCAUGAAAGUGGUUUCAUGGAAUCUUUAGAUAAAGAAUGGAUAUUCCAUGGUAAUGUUCAACAAUGUGAACAAUUUGAAAAAACACCAAAUACAUUAGGACUAAAAAAUAUGGCCGGUGUAUUUAUAUUAGUUGCAGCCGGAAUUGUUGGUGGAAUUGGUUUAAUUAUAAUUGAAGUUGUAUAUAAAAAGCAUCAAAUUAAAAAACAGAAAAGAAUGGAAAUUGCUAGACAUGCUGCUGAUAAAUGGAGGGGUACAAUUGAGAAACGAAAAACUUUACGUGCAUCAUUGGCAAUGCAACGCCAGUAUAAUGUUGGCUUAAAUUCAAACCCUGGUACAAUUAGUUUAGCUGUUGAUAAAAAUCGUUUUCCUCGUUUAGGACCAAGAGGACCAGAACGUGCAUGGCCUGGCGAUUCUGAUUUGUUACGUAAUCGUGGCCGUUUACUAGAUGACAGUAAAAAUAUUAGCAAUAAAAAAUCAUCACAUCAACAGUCACAUUUAUUAGCACCACCGAGAUAUUCACCAGGCUAUACAAGUGAUGUAUCGCAUUUAGUUGUUUAACAAAUUUUUAAAAAUAUUUCUUUAUUUAUUAAGAAAACAAUAACUAAAAUUAGGUUUUUUACGAAAUUUAUUUUUUUAUAAACAAAAACAAAAAAAAAAACAAAAAUGAAACAAAAGAAUUUUUUUAUUUGUUAUUUUAAAUGUUAAAAUAAAAUGAAAACCAAAAAAAAAACAAAAAAACAAAAUUAAUAACAAACAAAACAAGUACUUAAGUAAAAAUGUAUUUAAUGAAAUUUAAUAAAAAAAAAUUAAUAUUAAAAAUUAACACACAAAGAAAAAAGAUUUUUUAUGUAUAAAUUAUAACCUUAAAAAAUAUUUCGCAAUUUAAAAACACACAAAAUUAAAAAAAACUAUAAACAAAAAAUGGAAUGUAAAAUGUAUGGAAAAAUUGUUAUUUCUUUUUUUCGUUAUUUAUUGCAUAUUUUUGCCUUUUAUUUAGGAUUUUCAUAUAUGCAUAUAAUUUGAAAUAUUUUAUUUUUAUUGAAAAUUAAAAAUUAUAAAACUUUUGACAUUUUAAUAUAAAGGGAAGUGCAAUAGCAAGAAAAAAGUUAAUUUCUCUAUUCAAACUAUCUAUAAAACAAGGAAAAGCCAUUGAUUUUAUAAAUCGCAACAUUUCCUAAUUUCUAUCCAAUAAAAUUAAAAAUCUGGACAAAAUACAAAACCCCUAACCGCUAACCCCUAACAAUGGCAACUCAUACAAGAAAAAAAGUAGUUAAAUAAAAAAUUACUUAACAUUUAUUCCGGUAGAUGGCUUCAAAGUUUUAUGUAACAAUAUUUAUAUGGCAGGUUUUAUUCCUAAAUAACAUAGGAGAUUACCAUAAGAAAAACGACCUGCAUACAAACUAUUCCGGAUAUUAUUUGAAUAACCUAUAUAAAAACGAAGAAUCCAAAAAAUUUCAGUAUUUUCUGUUGUUAAUUCACUAAUGCAUACCAUCAGAGCAUUUGCUGUCAGAAGAUGUUUAUUGUUUACCUCUCGAAAAAAUUAGAUUUUUUUUUCACACACUCAAAGUUGACACCUGACGCAAAAUACUAGUGCAAAUUUUAACUGUCUCUAGAACUGUCUUUAGAGCUUCUGCAGUGGCUUUUGCAGUGCUGUUAAGAAUAAAAAUGUACAAAAGCCUAUUCACAAAUGUAUUAUAUACAUAUAUAAGUAUAUGAAAAUGUCGAAAAUAAUAAAGGAACAGAAUCAGUGGCGGAAACCUAAAUCAAACUCAAAAAUAACUGAUUGAUGGCAUGUUUCUAAAUCGUUUAAGAACAAAGUGAUUAUUAACCUGUACAUAAUAUAACAAUAAAAAAUAUUCAAAAUAAAUUAUUGUUUUAGAAGUUUUUAAUGUUCUAUCCAAAAAAAACAUAAAACGUCAUUUACAUUUAUACUCAAAAACAUGUAAAAAACAAACAUUCUUUAACUUACAUAAGCUAAUAUUGGAAAAGAUACAAAAUGGUUGUAAUUCUGUUUUCAUUAAAACAAAAAAGUAAAAAAAAACUCAUUGAAAACCUUCAUUAGAGAAAGACGAUAUUUAAAAAAAUUAUUAAUGAAUAUUAUUUAUGUAUUUAUUAUAUAUAAAUAUGAACGUGUUCGUGAACCUCGACUCCGAUUUAAAAAUCAAAGAAAAAACAAAAAAAAACACAAAAAAAAAUACCAAAAAAAUAUGUAUGUAUGUUUUAUUUUAUUUUUUUCAGAAAACAAAUUUUUAAGGUAUUAAGAUAAAAUAAACUUUAUAACUAACAUGCAUAUAUAUAUAUAUAUAUAUAUAUAUAAAUUAUAUAUAUUAUAUAUAUUUUAUUCAUUUCUUAAAUUUAAUAUUCUAAUUUACAUUAUGCUAUAUAUAAAAUCAAUAUCUGUGUCUAAUUGUACACAUUUUGUUGUAACGUAUUUGCAAAAGUGUUCAAACACGACUAUGUAAAGUUAACAAUAACUUUAGUGUGAAAAUUAGUUAUUGUAGAUUUUGGCAAUGUAUAUGACAUGGAGGCACACUUCAAAAUUGCCAUAAUACUUAAUUAUAUAGUAAUAUAUUUUCAAUGUAAUUUUAAUUUUUUUUUUUAAGUAAUUCAGUAAAAUCAUAUAAAGCAAUAGAAAGUACUUAUACCACCGUAUUUCAGCUAUAUCUCAUUUAAACAGAAAAGUUUGAUAUGACCAAAAAUGUUGACUCAUCAUUCAAUUACGUAUAAUAAUUUUAGCUUAAUAAACUCACGAAACUAAAUAAUAUUUUAAUUUUCAAAAGUCAAAAAAAUUUAAUAUGGAACAUUCAAAAAUAAAUUUUCAUAGGCUCAUAUAUUUUGUAAAAAAUUUUUUACAAAAAAUAUUUGUAUAAGUGACUAACUAGCAUGUUGUAUUUAAUAAUUUUUAUUUAUUAUUUAUUUUAGUAUUGCACUUACAUUUUGUUAGAAGAGAAACUCAUAAAAUCAAACAUGUUGUUAAUCAAACAUGUUGUUAAUCAAACUGUUGAACAUAAUAAUUCACCAAACGUAUAUGUUGUCAAUGUUCUUUAGUUUACUGUAGUCCUCUCAGUUAUUAUUUUGUAGUAAGUGAGAAUAUUUAUACAUAUUUAUGUAUUAAAAUUUAUAAUAAUAAAAAUAUUUAUUUUAGCAUAUUUUUAAACGCAUACCCACUGAUUAUGAUAUUAUUCAUUUCAUUGUAACAUAAAAAACUACAUCAAUUAUGGGUAAAAUUUUAAAUUAACUUAAAUGUAAUGAGACCAACCAUAUACAGUAUUUUGUGACCACCGUUUUUAAAAUUUUGAUUUUCACUAAAUUUUUAUUAAUUUAUGAAUCCAUACUAAAGUUAUUCAAGUACAGAGGGCGGUAAUUACAACAUCUACGAAAAAUGAUUAGAUCACAAACAUGAUUAGCAUAACGCAAAUUAGAUAAAUAAAAAAAAACCAAAAAAAAAAAAAUUUAAUUACAAAAAUCUCUUAUAAUUGUGAAAUUUUUACUUUAAAAAUAUUAAUAAAUGCAUAUAAAAAAGUAAAAGAACAUCAAAAAAGGCUGUAAAAAUUAAUUUCAAAAACAAAAAACAAGAUUUAAAAAAAAAGUUUAAAAAAAAAAACUUACAUAAUAUGAAAAUAUUAAAUUAUAAAUUAAUUAUUCAUCCUAAUUUUUUAAGUCGUUUAAUUU